AUGCUACUGGGCGCGCUACAUAUGUCCAUUGCUCAUCCGGAGGAUCCCAGAUGCCAUUGCGUUGAGAAAGGGAAAACGGAUGCCGAUUCUGGGCCUUAUCUGCGACUAGCAGAACAGAGUCAACAGUCUGAUACACCGGUGGUUUCGCUAGAGCUGAAGGCCCCUGAAACGCUGUUCUUAGAGUCACCUUUGGCCCUUGAAGUGAUCCUACGCCGAAAUGAUACCGACCCUCGCUCAUGUAUCUUCUAUUGGCCUCCUAAUAUCGCUGCUCGGUUUGUUCUACUCCGCCACACCUCCCAUGGCCUGGAAAGGGUUGAGGUAGCCGAGAGGAGGUCAGAAGCACCUGAUGUACUUUAUGUGGGUGACUGGCGUCAGUAUCUGUUUGAACUUCAGCCUCAUGAGAGUUCUCGUUAUCUAGAGUUACUACAUUCAUAUCGCCGUGUGCUCAGACCGGGUGAGAGAUACGAGCUCCUCUGGCCUGGGGCCAAGACAUGUAUCUGGGAUUGGGGAGAUAUUCAAGAUCACUUGGAUAUGGAAUUGAGAAGGCGAGAGUCGUGUAUUUCUAUUGUGGGCGGCUCUAAUAUCUCGUUUACUGUUGAGGAAGGGGAGCGAACCUUCCCAUCUCCCGAGCCUUCGCCGCCCAGUGAGCCGUUGUCCAGAGUGUAUGUUUGCACCCUCUCCACCCAAGUCCUCUUACCUUUCUUUUUUGGAUGCUGA